UCCUCUGUCCCCGCCUUCCCCACACCUCAACCAAACUCGCCAGCGGCACCCGCCCGGCCAUCAUCACGCGCGCGCCGCUCCCCCACCCAUGCCGACCGGCCAAGCUCGGACGCCGCAACCACCGCUGCCGCCAGCGCCGGCAAAAGAUCCAGCCUCCCCGGCGCCGACCCACCGCCGCCACCGGACCUUCUCUUCAUCGUCGUCGUCCUCCUCCUCGUCGCUCUCCACGGUCUCCUCCGCCGCCUCCUCGCCGUCGCCGUCCCCGCGCGACCGAGGCACCACCUCCGUGCCCUUCUCCUGGGAGCACCACCCGGGAAUCCCCAAGACGCGCCUCCCCGCCAUCGCCGUUGCCGGCGCCAAGGUGGCCUCCUCUGCUCCGCCGCUCCCACUCCCGCCGCCCCUCCGCGCGCCGCCGUCCCGGCCCCGGAACCACCACCACCAUCAGACCCGCCGGCGCCGCGCCAGCAGCCACCCGACGGCCGCCUACACGGACCCCUUCGCCGCCGCGCUCGCCGAGUGCACCAGGGAGCGCGCCGCGGCGGCGGGCGCCGACAGCGAUCGCCGCCUCAUGGACAGCCUCUUCCCGUCCCCGGCGGCGGCAACGCAGGCGCCGGCGUCGUGCGGGCCCGUCAGCCGGCGGUGGUCCAUCGCGUCCGCCGGCGGGGUGGCCGGGCUCCUCGACAUGUACGGGUGCAAGAGCGCCAUGGGCGUCGCGGAGGGCGCGUUCGUGGUGCGCCGGCCGGUGGCGGUGGUCCGUCCGGGGCCUGGCCGAGCGGGCCUGGGCCGGGCCGGGCGGCGAUGAGGGCCAUCACGGUGGGUCGCAUCAUGGUGAUGGACGGCAUGGCGGGCUCAGUUAGGUACAUAAAUAAUCAAAUCGAUCCAUGUGCAAAAAUGUUGGGAUCGAAAAUGAGGUUGAAUCUUUUUCUCUUUUUCUUCUUCUUUUUCUUGUUUAUGUUUUUUUGAGUGGAGCUUCGUAGUGGAUGUGAUUGAUACCAAUAUAUGAAUGUUUGGCAUGACCAUCCACUAAACGAUGUCGUGAUGUAGAUUGUUAAGUACUGCUGGUGGCAAAUAUUGUAACCACAAAGUAAAUAAUGCGGUAUAUUGGCAUCUACUCAUAAUGGAUUGAUGCACUAGUUUAAUUGAAAACCCA